GAAAGAAACUCCACCGCUCCUCCGUCAGUCGCCAUUUUGAGACGGUCGAGCCACCGACUAGUUGCAAACGUUUGUUACGCAGCAGGUCUGUAACGUUUUUUAAUCAUAUUUAGGCCGAUAUACGAUCCAAUGUCUCGAUUUCACAACAAUCGCGGCGGACUCGGGAUGAAUCACUUCCAGGCCCGCAGAGGCGGUGGACCCGGCGGCCCGAUACGAGGCGGACUGAUGGGGAACCCGAACUUCAGGAACCAUCCCUUUCAAAACCAGAACCAGAAUCGAAGGGGACAAAACAACAACUUCAACAAACCGAACAACCAAGGACCACAGAUCACCCCCCAGAAGAACCUGCCCAUCAUUCCUCCACCGACUCCCGGCCCGGCCCUCACCAUGAAAGGCCCCAUGCAGCAGCAGCAGCCGCCGCCGGCCCCGCAGCCGCCGAAGCCGGCCACCCCCGCUCCUCAAGUCAUCAUCAAGACCUCACCGCAGAAACCCAUCCUGGCCUCCCCUCCACCCAUCCAGGCCAACAAGAACCAGACCCCGGAGCUGAAGUCCCCGGUAGGAAAUACUAACGGACAACCACAGCAGCAGCAGCAGCAAAAGCCGCCGCCGCCGCAGCAGCAGCCGCCACCAACACCACGUCCGAGCCCGAGGUCUGGGCCUCACCAGGGCCAGAGGACCACCCCAUACCAGGGCCAUAGGGGGGCACCGCCGCCGAGCAAGUUCAAGCAAGAGCGGGAGGAGCAGGAGAAACGUUCCUCAAACACGAACUCAGCGGAGGGCAGCGCACCACAGGAGGGAUUCAAGGCGACACUGUCCAUGCUGCUGAAACCUGGUGAGAAGACAUACACUCAGCGGUGUCGUCUGUUCAUCGGUAACCUGCCCAGCGACAUCACAGAGGAGCAAUUCAAGAAGCUGUUCGCAAAGUAUGGAGAGCCCAGCGAGGUCUUCAUCAACAAAGGCAAAGGCUUUGGUUUCAUCCGGCUGGAGUCCCGUGCACUUGCAGAGAUCGCCAAGGCAGAGUUAGAUGACACACCAAUGAGAGGCAGGCCUUUGCGUGUCCGGUUCGCCACACACUCCGCAGCCCUGUCUGUGAAGAACCUGUCAUCGUUUGUCUCCAACGAGCUCCUGGAAGAGGCGUUCUCACAGUUUGGAAUGGUCGAGAGGGCCAUUGUCAUUGUAGACGAUCGUGGGCGCUCCUCGGGCAAGGGCAUCGUAGAGUUUGCCUCCAAACCUGCUGCCAGGAAGGCUCUGGACAGGUGCAACGAAGGUGUCUUCCUUCUCACAACGUCACCUCGGCCUGUUAUUGUCGAGCCUCUGGAGCAGUUUGAUGAUGAAGACGGUCUCCCAGAAAAACUGGCACAGAAGAAUCCCAGAUAUCAAGCAGAGCGUGAGGAGCCUCCUCGCUUCGCUCGUCCCGGCACUUUCGAGUUUGAGUACUCCAAGCGCUGGAAGUCACUUGAUGAAAUGGAGAAGCAGCAGAGGCAGCAGGUGGAGAAGAACAUGCGCGAGGCCCGCGAGAAGCUCGAGAGCGAGAUGGAGGAUGCCUACCAUGAGCACCAGGCCAAUCUACUCCGACAGGAUCUGCUGAGGCGACAGGAGGAACUUCGACGCAUGGAGGAGGUACACAGUCAGGAAAUGCAGAAGAGGAAGGAAAUGCAGCUCAGACAAGAGGAAGAACGACGUCGGAGGGAGGAGGAGAUGCUUCGUAAGAGAGAGAUGGAGGAACAGAUGCACCGUCAGCGUGAGGAGAACUACAGGAUGGGCAACUUCAUUGAUAGGGAGAGGGAAAUGAGGAUGAAUCCCGGUGUAGCUAUGGGCAUGGGAGAAAUGCCCUUCGGUGCAGCCGGUCAGAAGUUUGGAAUGGGCUUUGAGGGACAGCAGGGAAUGGGGCCGUCCGCAGGAGGCCUGAUGGGCAACGAAAUGGAUCCUGGACCAGUGGAAGGAGGCUGAUGAUCCACGUUGAUUAACCACGGUAAAGUGAAGACGAUGUCUGAUUAAUACAAACAGAGCUGCAGAAGACUCGGCGUCAGAACUGAGGCGACAUCGGGACGACCUCGGUAGCUGCAGAUGGAGAUGCAGAACCAGGAAGUGUCCAACAGCGGGUUAACGUCCUGCUGACCAGAGGAGGGGGCGGGGUUUACUCCUGAUUUCAAGUUUUAAUAAUAAAUGAAUAUUAAAAAUA